UUCAAAUCCGAAAGCCUAUAGCCUAUAAUAAUCACCGCUUCUCUUGCUUUUCUCUCCAAAGUCCAGACAUUUCUCCCCCACAAAGGCCAUUACACAGUCUGAGCUGAGCAGAGCAUAUGUCACCGGAAAAGAUGUCCGAUGAGGAUGUUCACGUGGCAAUCUUCCCCUCCGCCGGCAUGGGUCACCUGGUUCCGAAUCUGAGACUCGCUGCGUUGCUCGUGAACCGCCAUUGCCAGGUCACUCUCAUCACUGCUCAGCCAACAGUUUCUUUGGCCGAAUCCAAGCUUCUCUCUCGCUUUCACUCUGCUUUUCCUCAGGUCACUUUUCUUCCCUUUCAUCUCCUUCCUUUAGAUGCUUCUGCUGCAAACUCCGAAGACCCUUUUUUUCUCCGAUUCGAAGCAAUUCGUCGUUCUUCCCACCUCCUUCCUUCUCUGCUCGCUUCGGUGUCUCCUCCUCUCUCUGCUUUUGUCUGUGAUGUGGCUUUGAUAUCCCCUGUGCUUUCAGUUACAGAGAGCCUUCGUCUUCCACUUUUCAUCCUUUUUACUUCUUCAGCCACGAUGUUCUCUUUCUUCUCAUCUAUACCCAGAUUCAUUCCGUCCAUUUCUGGACUGGAUUUUGUAGAAAUUCCAGGAGUUUCAACCAUACCCAGAUCUUCAAUUCCUCCUCCGCUUCUUCUUCCCAACAAUGUCUUCGCAAACAUAUUACUAGAAGACAGUCCCAAGCUUCCUAAAUCAUGUGGGAUUUUGGUCAAUUCGUUCGAAGCACUAGAAUUGAAUGCCCUUCAGGCUCUUAAUAGCGGAAAAGUGGUCAAAGAAUUGCCCCCUGUUUUCCCUGUAGGUCCUUUCGUACCAUGUGAGUUCGAGAAGAAUGAAAGAGAAGAACAGAUGAAUUCUUCGCCAUUGAAGUGGCUAAACGAUCAGUCUCCUGGCUCCAUCGUGUACGUAAGCUUCGGCAGCAGACUGAGCAUGUCAAGAGAACAAGUAAGAGAGAUCGGAAACGGGCUGCUGAAAACCGAGUUUAAAUUUCUGUGGGUAGUGAAGGAUAAGAAGGUAGACAAAGAAGAAGAAGACGACUUAGAAGAAGUGGUCGGGAUGGAGCUCAUUAAGAGCUUACAGUCAAAGGGGUUGGUAGUGAAACAAUGGGUAGAUCAAUCUGAUAUUCUGAGUCACAACUCAGUGGGAGGGUUCGUGAGCCAUUGUGGAUGGAACUCGGUGGUGGAAGCUGCAUGGCACGGCGUGCCGAUUCUCGGGUGGCCUCAGAUAGGAGACCAGAAGAUAAAUGCGGAGGUGGUGGAGAAGAGUGGGUGGGGCAUGUGGAAGAAGACGUGGGGUUGGUCAGGACAAAACCUGGUGAAAGGAGAAGAGAUCGGAGACGCCAUUGAUGAGAUGAUGAAGAACGAAGCUUUGAAGGUUAAAGCAGGGGAGAUGAAAGAGGCGGCGAGGAAGGCCGUUGCUGGUGGGGGUGGUGGGAGUUCUGAGAUUGCUGUUCAGAAACUGAUUGAUGCGUGGAAGAAGACGAACCAUUGAUAUGUAUGAGAACCUACGUGUGAGGCUCAGUGGUUUCUUUCACUUUUCACUAGAGAGGAAUAAUUAAGAAGCUUGUUCAUGUCUUUUUAUAUUAUAUGUAUGCGCUAGCUUGAUUAAUUAGUUGCGGUAUUGCCGUAUUGGCAGUUGCUAGCUGCAUUGUUGCUGAUAAAUUGUUAAGCUCUGGCCAGGAAAAAAGUUGUUAAGCUCAUUUCUUAAGUUAUGUUCAUGUUAUUGAUAUUUUAAAGGUUUUCAAUUAAUACUUUA